GGAGCCGAGAACCUCAUGUCCCUCCUUUUCCUUACCCUCCUACAUAAACAUGGAGAGUAUAUACUUAUUUACAUCCAUCCAACUCCAAACUUGGCACAAGCAGUACUUUUUUGUUCUCAUCUUUCCCCCCAACCAAAGUUCUCUUUGGUCAAGGGAUCCCGCCACAUUGCGAGCCCGUCCGAGAGUUGUCGUUUUGUCACAACCACAUCUUAUUAUUCUUCCCAGCCUACUGGUCUUCCGAGUGCUUAGCCGUACUUGGUCAGAUCGGCUACCCUUGGACGGCUUUGUUUGUGAAGCCAUUUCAAUCCAGCCGUUCUGGAAGAAGAAAAUUUUUCAUCAUGUCCAAACCGACACUCACCAUUCCUACCUCCCCCCAAAAUCUCCGUAACCGCCAGCGCAAAAACCUGCCGGAUUAUGAUCCCGAUUCUGACCUCAGCGAGUCGGAGGGCUUGGGAGGCACGAGGCCCCAGCCUGAUGAUACUUGGGAAGAUGAUGAGGAAACUGCGGUUGAUGAUGACAGCUACGUCCAACGCACACUACGCAGAGAAAAACCACUGCCUCCAAUCACCUGGCGCAACUUUUAUCGAGAGAUCAAUUUGAUUUCUACGCUGGCCUUGACCAUCGUCCCUGUCCUGUCCCUCUACGGUGCUCUUACUACACCUCUUUGUCGUUUCACCUUGGCAUGGUCCAUUGUCUAUUACUAUUUCACCGGCUUAGGUAUUACAGCUGGUUAUCAUCGUCUAUGGGCACAUCGAUCCUACAACGCUUCCCCUCUGCUUCAAUAUUUCCUCGCACUCGGUGGCUCAGGUGCCGUGGAGGGUAGUAUUCGAUGGUGGGCUCGGGGUCACAGAGCUCACCAUCGAUAUACUGACACCGAUCUCGACCCUUACUCGGCUCACAAGGGACUUUUAUGGAGUCAUGUUGGCUGGAUGAUUGUCAAGCCUCGACGCAAGCCUGGCAUAGCCGAUGUGUCCGAUCUGUCUCGCAAUCAAGUGGUCAGAUGGCAACAUCGCUGGUAUCUACCCUUAAUUUUUGGCAUGGGAUUCUUCUUUCCCACUCUCGUCGCUGGACUGGGAUGGGGUGAUUGGAGAGGUGGCUUUUUCUAUGCCGGUGCUGCUCGAUUGUUGUUUGUCCACCACUCGACAUUUUGUGUCAACUCUCUGGCUCAUUGGCUCGGAGAAGCCCCCUUUGACGACAAGCACACUCCGCGGGACCACAUUAUUACCGCUUUUGUCACAAUCGGUGAAGGUUAUCACAACUUCCAUCACGAAUUCCCUCAAGACUUUCGAAACGCCAUUCGUUGGUAUCAAUAUGACCCAACCAAAUGGUUCAUUGCUGUCGCUGCUUUCCUCGGACUUGCCACCGAGCUCAAAACAUUCCCGGACAAUGAGAUCCGCAAGGGUCAAUAUGGAAUGAAGCUCAAAGAAUUGCAGCAAGAUUUCCGGGAGGUCAAGUGGCCCACUUCUUCAAAUGACCUGCCGAUCCUUACCUGGGAGCAGUUUGUUGACGAGGCCGAUAAGAAAAAUGGGCGGAAUUUGAUUGUCAUCGGCGGCUUCAUCCACGAUGUCACCGAUUUUAUUGAUGAACACCCAGGAGGUCGAGCACUCAUAAAAACCCGACUUGGCAAAGACGCUACCACGGCCUUCCACGGCGGAGUUUAUGAACAUUCCAAUGCUGCGCACAACUUGUUGGCUAUGCUCAGAGUUGGUGUGAUUGAAGGUGGCUAUGAGGUCGAACAUCUGAAGAAAAAGGUAGGGGUGUUUAGAAAGGAACAACAGAUUCCUAUUUGUGGACCCAAAACUUUAGGAACUGUUUCGACCCCAGAUAGUCCAGUCUUAGGAAUCAAACCCAUCUACCCUUGAAAUUGAAAUUGUUUGCCAGACAUGAUAAAAGCAAUACAAAACUCAUAUAUUUGUACAACAUUUCCUGCUUCCUUUGUUCAUUUUGAUUUGUUUUCAAGACAAAUAUUUAAAAAUUUGAAAAACAAAUAGAAAAAAGUAAACCUA